AUGUACACCCAAUUUCAUAAAUCCAACAUCGAAAUUGUAAAAGAGAUUCUCAAGAACAAUUGCUUCCCGAAGGAGGUCAUUGACAGACACAUUAGAAAACGCUAUAAGGAGUUAAAACAACACAACUUUCUGACAAAUAUGGAUGACAAGCCUUCCAAACCGAAAUUCAAUGCACGCAAUUGUAUACCACUCCCAUACAUUAAAAACAUCAGCCGUGGUAUUUUACGCAAUCUCGACAAAUGUGGUCUCAAGAUCCUACAUACCAUACCCAACAAACUCAACCGAAUUAUAAAGAAAGGUAAAGACAGUCUGAGUACAAGCAAGAGAACUGAAGUUGAUGGUCCAGCCUCCGCCUUGCCGUUGACCCAGACUCUGUCGAACAUUUACGGCCGCAGAUCGGCCAGUCCCGAUGUUCCAGGCUCCGAUCUAGACGAGACUCAGAAAACGAGGUUUGACGGCACGGGGGUGGAGGAACAAUUACCACCGCCGCCGUCGCCACCCCAAUUGAAAGAGGCGGCCCAACUAGAUGGAGUUCCCAGACUGAAUUCGGUCGACCGUAUCCUUCAUCCGGACGGUAUCCCGCACAUCGGUCAUGAGACGCUCAACAAGAGUCAUGACAGCUGGCAGGGACACGAUAGUGACCAGGCACACACUCCUCUUCUCGCAGCCGACACGAGACACGUGAACGGCGACGAUGAGUGGGACUACGAGGACAUCAUUUUGGAGCGGGGCGGGGCGGGCCUAGGUUUCAGUAUCGCCGGCGGCACGGACAAUCCCCAUUACGGCAACGACACCGCCAUUUACAUCACUAAGCUCAUACCGGGCGGCGCCGCGUCCGCGGACGGCCGGCUGCGUGUCAACGACACGAUACUGCAGGUGAACGACGUGUCCGUUGUCGACGUACCGCAUGCGGCCGCCGUGGACGCUCUCAAGCGGGCCGGCAACACCGUCAAACUGUACGUGCGCCGACGGAAACACACGCAGUUGAUGGAGAUCGAGCUGAUCAAGGGUAACAAGGGCCUUGGCUUCAGCAUCGCCGGCGGUAUCGGCAAUCAACAUAUACCAGGUGACAAUGGAAUCUACGUGACGAAAAUCAUGGACGGUGGGGCCGCCCAGGUGGACGGCCGCCUCGUCGUCGGCGAUAAACUGGUAGCCGUCAGGAACGCUUUGCAGGGCGAUAAAAAUCUGGAGAAUGUGACACACGAAGAGGCAGUGGCGACCCUGAAGGCGACCCAAGAUCGCGUCGUACUUCUGGUCUCCAAGACGGAAACUGGAAUCAUCCCCCCGCCGCCCCCUCCAAUAGCGACGGACAACUCUCUCUCGCCUCAGCCACGUAAACAAAACGGCUCCGUGUCCGCGAUGGAAAACAACACCGCUGCUCUACCGUACUCGCAAGAGUCGCGCCACGCGUCCUCUCUCGCUCUGCACGGCACCGGGACCCCACGAGCUGUUUCCCAGGAGGAUGUCUCACGGUGAGUCUCUCUCUCUCUCUCUUCCAUCUCUCGC